AUGAAGUUACAGUGUGAGGUUUGUGACAAGGCAGAGGCAGAGGUGCUGUGUUGUGCAGAUGAAGCUGUAUUAUGUCGACGAUGCGAUGAGAAGGUGCAUGCAGCGAACAAGCUAUCCAGAAAACAUCCGCGCGUCUCUCUCCUUAAACAUCCACCUGCUUACUCCUCUUCCUCCUUUUCUCAGCUUCCUUUAUGCGAUAUCUGCCAGGAGAGGAACGGUUAUUUCUUCUGCUUGGAGGACAGGGCAAUACUCUGCAGAAACUGUGACAUUUCAAUCCACAAUACGGCAAGUUCGAUUGUGUCUUCCCAUCAGCGGUUUCUCAUUGGAGGCAUCAAAGUUGCCCUUGAAUCCACAACCACUGAAAAUCCAGGUUUUAAGGAAGGAAUUGAUUACCAGAGGUUGACAUUUUCAGGUGUUGAGGGUAACUUGGGAGAAACUGCAGGCACAUCAAGUGAAACUGAUCAUUUGGCAAGCGCAGCCUCAGCCUCAGCUUCAGCUUCAGCUUCUUGGCCAUUGGAUGACAUCCUUAGCACUAAUGAGUUUUGCUACUAUGACUUUUCAGAUAUGGAGUCAUCUAGAAUUACUGACCCCUGA